AUCGGCGGGGGCGACGGCGGCGGAGACGAGUGGGAAGAGAUAGAGGUGGAGGAGGACGACGGCAUGCCUGACAUGCAGAUGAUGUGGGCCAUGAUGCAAGGCCAGGGCGGUGGCGGGGGGAAGCGCACGAUCAAGAAGAGGGUGAAGAAGGAGAAGAAGGGCCUGAGCUCCGCAAUGGUGGCGCAAACUGUCCUGAGCCUGGCCAAGGAGUCGAUCAACCUCGACAACCUGGAGCUCUUCGACGACAGCGCGCUGAUGGACAGUGGCAUGGACAGCCUGACGGCCGUCUCGUUCAGGAACAGCGUCCAGUCGGCCCUGAACCUGAAGAUGCCGGCGUCUCUGAUGUUCGACUACCCUACGAUCAAGGAGAUCACGAGCCACAUCGUGGAGAUCGGCGGGGGUGAUGGUGGCGGAGAGAGCGAGUACGAGGAGAUUGAUGUGGAGGUCGAUGACGGCAUGGGCAUGAUGAUGCCGCCGUGGGCCAUGAUGGGCGCCGGUGGGGGGAAGCGCAAGGUCAAGAAGAUGGUGAAGAAGGAGAAGAAGGGCCUGAGCUCCGCAAUGGUGGCGCAAACUGUCCUGAGCCUGGCCAAGGAGUCGAUCAACCUCGACAACCUGGAGCUCUUCGACGAUAGCGCGCUGAUGGACAGUGGCAUGGACAGCCUGACGGCCGUCUCGUUCAGGAACAGCGUCCAGUCGGCCCUGAACCUGAAGAUGCCGGCGUCUCUGAUGUUCGACUACCCUACGAUCAAGGAGAUCACGAGCCACAUCGUGGAGAUCGGCGGGGGCGACGGCGGAGGAGACGAGUGGGAAGAGAUAGAGGUGGAGGAGGACGACGGCAUGCCUGACAUGCAGAUGAUGUGGGCCAUGAUGCAAGGCCAGGGCGGUGGCGGGGGGAAGCGCACGAUCAAGAAGAGGGUGAAGAAGGAGAAGAAGGGCCUGAGCUCCGCAAUGGUGGCGCAAACUGUCCUGAGCCUGGCCAAGGAGUCGAUCAACCUCGACAACCUGGAGCUCUUCGACGACAGCGCGCUGAUGGACAGUGGCAUGGACAGCCUGACGGCCGUCUCGUUCAGGAACAGCGUCCAGUCGGCCCUGAACCUGAAGAUGCCGGCGUCGCUGAUGUUCGACUACCCCACGAUCAAGGAGAUCACGAGCCACAUCGUGGAGAUCGGCGGGGGUGAUGGUGGCGGAGAGAGCGAGUACGAGGAGAUUGAUGUGGAGGUCGAUGACGGCAUGGGCGGUAUGGGUAUGAUGCCCCCGCCCGAGUGGUUCAUAGCUCAGCAGGGCGCCAUGCCUGCCGCCGCCGCAUCUGGCGAGCCCGCAGCGGCGCAGGAGAAGGCCAAGCCGAAGGGCCUGGACGCCAGCAUGGUGAUGCAGACGGUCAGGGACAUGGCCCUGCAGGCCAUCCAGCUGGACGACCAGAAGCUGGACGAGGACAGCCCGCUCAUGGACAGCGGCAUGGACAGCCUGACGUCUGUCUCGUUCCGGAACAGCCUCCAGUCGGCCCUGGGCAUGAAGGUGCCAGCCUCGCUGAUGUUCGACUACCCGACCAUGAAGGAUCGGGGAUA